GUGUCAUAAGCAGCAAACAUUCCUCGCGCAGCUGAGAGUGAGUGAGUGUGGAGGGACAUGAUAUCGGCUGUCAGUGCUGCUCUUCCCCGCACACAACAUGGGCUCCACCGCCCAUACCACCAAAACCAGAGCUCGAGCAUCACUGCAAUGCCCCGGACUCGGUUCAGUGUCGUGGAUCGCGUGUAUUUUUGAGAUUUUUGAGGUGUAAAAUGUGGGUGAUGGUGCUGUGGACAAGAUGGCAGCAGUAUGAGACACACACAUCUACAUGUUGUGAGUUCAGUUGAAGUGUGUAAAAUGAUCGGAGAAGACCUGGAUUAUAUCUACUGUUACUUCGUGUGAAAGGUAUGGCCUCACAAGUCUUGGUCUACCCACCACAUGUUUUUCAAACUCAGACAAGUGCCUUUUGUAGUGUGAAGAAACUCAAAGUCGAGCCCAGGAACUGUGUAUACCAUGAGAGGGCCUACCCACAGACUUACUUGAAUGGUAGAACCCUUGGCAUUGCUUACCCGACAAAACUCACCGCUUCGUUCAAGACGCGAGAUUCUGUGAUUGGCAGGCACCGCGGGCAGGAUUUUCCAUUGCAGACGGCUACUGUACGUGGUGUGCGACGUCAGCAUACCACCACAGCGGCACAGCAGCAAAAAGGGGGUAUCUCCUCUCAGGACAAAGGGCCAGAGCACCAGGACAAAGGAAGGGGUUGCAGCAGUGGAGCUACAGGGGCAGUUGGAAGGGGUAGGGGAGAGGGAAGCAGCAGUCAAGAAGGAGGUGGAGGACAGGGUGGAGGUGAAGGUGAAGGUGGUGGAGGAGAGGACGAGGGUGAACGGGAAGACUGUGGAGGUUUUAACUUGCAAGACAGCUCCCACAGAUGCGGGCUGAAACGUAAGAGCGGGGAGCUUGAGAACUUAGGGAGCGCAAUGCAGAUUGUAGAGGACCUGUCAAUGUUACCUGCAAUGUUGCAAUCAAAUGUGGGAAACCCACCGGUUGCAGUGCCAGCGGCAGCCGGUGGAGGGCCUGCAAAGCAAAGUGGAAAUUCCAGAAAUGGGGAUGGAGACUACCAGUUGGUGCAGCAUGAGUUGCUUUGCUCGAUGAAGAACACCUAUGAGGUAUUAGACUUCCUCGGCCGUGGUACUUUCGGCCAGGUUGUGAAAUGCUGGAAACGAGGCACCAAUGAGAUUGUGGCAGUGAAGAUCCUGAAGAAUCAUCCAUCAUAUGCACGACAGGGCCAGAUUGAGGUGGGCAUUCUGGCCCGCCUCAGCAGCGAGAAUGCAGAUGAGCAUAAUCUUGUGCGAGCCUUCGAGUGUUUCCAGCACCGCAGCCACACCUGCCUUGUGUUUGAGAUGCUGGAGCAGAACCUGUACGACUUCCUCAAGCAAAACAAAUUCAGCCCGCUACCUCUGAAGGUGAUCCGUCCCAUUCUUCAGCAGGUGGCCAUGGCACUAAAAAAAUUGAAGGCCAUGGGACUGAUUCACGCGGACCUGAAACCUGAGAACAUCAUGCUGGUGGACCCUGUACGGCAGCCCUACCGAGUGAAAGUCAUAGACUUUGGCUCAGCCAGUCAUGUCUCCAAAGCAGUCUGCUCAACGUACCUCCAGUCACGGUACUACAGGGCUCCGGAGAUCAUUCUUGGCCUGCCUUUUUGUGAAGCCAUAGACAUGUGGUCGCUGGGAUGUGUGAUUGCUGAGCUCUUCUUGGGCUGGCCCCUCUACCCAGGAGCCCUCGAGUUUGACCAGAUUCGCUACAUUUCUCAGACGCAGGGUCUGCCAGGAGAGCAUCUGUUAAAUGUGGGGACGAAGACGUCUCGAUUCUUUUGCCGGGAAUCAGACUCACCGUAUGCAGGCUGGAGACUUAAAUCCACAGAAGAGCACGAGACAGAGACGGGGCUGAAAUCAAAAGAAGCCAGGAAGUACAUCUUCAGCUGUUUGGAUGACAUAGCGCAUGUGAAUUUAGUGAUGAAUCUGGAAGGCUGUGAUUUGUUGGCAGAGAAAGUUGAUCGUGCAGAGUUUGUGGGUUUGCUGAAGAAGAUGUUGUUGAUAGAUGCAGAGGAAAGAAUUGCCCCAAGUGAUGCCCUUAGCCAUCCUUUUGUUACCAUGCAGCACCUGCUAGACUUCCCCCACAGCAACCAUGUCAAAUCCUGUUUUCACAUUAUGGACGUGUGCUGCUCACGACCAGGCAGUUACGAGUCCCUCAGUCGGACCAAGGCUCAGUUUGUCAGGACUGUCCCGAGCACUGGUGCAGCACCCAACCUUACCCUGCCCUUCUGCAAGGUGACUGGCAUUCACACUCAGGCUUUAGCCUCAUCUGCCCCUUCAGUCUUGCAUCCUGGAAUCCCUCUCCAGACAGGAAGUGCUCAGUUUGGUGACUCUUUCCAGCAGGCGCUUAUUCUCUGUCCCCCAACCAUACAAGGUCUCCCACCUAACCCAAAUAAGCCAGCGGGAUUCUCUGUGCGCAUGGAGAGCACAGUACCACUGGUGACACAAGCCUCUGCCAUCCAACCUCUACA